AUGAAAUUAGACAAAGGUGUAAUCAGUAUAGUGAUUCGAGGCGUUCAAUUGGUAUUGACGAUCAUCUCGUUGGCAUUGGGAGCAGCAGUUUUGAACGCACUUGGGUAUAGCUUUGGUAGGGUGGCCUUUACUGUUGCCGCUUCAGUGCUCACUUUGCUUUACCUUGCUUUUGUUUGCUUUGUUGUUCCCAAAGGUCUCAAUGGAAGAACACCAUCGUUGGUGAUAAUAAUUGGGGAAUCUAUUUUCGCUAUUUUCUACCUUGCUGCCUGGGCCUCGAUUGCCGAUUUCUUCCCUUCAACUUGUGAUUUUGGAGAUAUGUACAGUGCAUAUUACUACGUCGGCAGUUUCUCGGAAAAUGGUUGCCGUUUGUACCAAGCUAUUCUCCCCAUGACGUUGCUCAAUUUCAUUGCUUUUGUUGCAAGCUUGGGCUUGUUCAUUCAUUACAGCUACAUCCCCGAGAUGAAAAGCCAAGGUUUUAACCACACCGUUCAAAUGUCGAGCUACCUUUGGGGCUGUAUCUACCCCGAUGUCGACGGAACUGGAAGAAAAGCCUGGUUUGGCCAAUGGGGAAGCAAGACUGCUGCUGAUGAAGAAAAAGCCGUUGGUGUCGAAGCAGGUGGAGUUGUGGCUGAUGGGCAAGGGGUAGGAGAUGGCGAAAUACAUCCACAAGUAACCAAUGUUGACCAAAUUGAGAACAACCAGAAUGUCGUCGAGAACACGAUCAAUGACACUGGCGCCCCAACCGAUGCUGCUAGAGUCGAGCGUCCACUUGAAGAACGUGCUGCAUCCACUAGUAGCUCUGAUCGCGACCAAAAGUAA